GCAAGAUGCUACCCUACAAAUACAAUUCCAUCCCAAAAACGUCAUUUUUUAAAUAUUUUAAUUUUAAUCGUCACCUCAACCAAAAAAGAAAGACACUCAGAUAAUAAGAACGGGAGUUUUUAAAAUUACAUUUUAGUUUUUUUUUGUCACAUAAAUUUUAGUUUGGAUCGAAUAAAAAUGAAAAAACACAAACAACGGUGAGAGAGGAAAGAAAUAAUAGAAUUGAAGAGUUAUUUUGAAAAUUUGUGAUUCGUGCGAGUUUGACACAGAGUUGCAGAAGAAGCAAAGGGAUAUUGGGAAGUUCGAAACGUCGUCGUUGCUGCGGUAAUGGGCGAUGACAAAUCCUCGACGGUAAUGAGCAACAGAGACAGAGAUCGAGAGCUUCUCAUCCCCGUCGCCGAUUCUGGCGACGACGAUGCCGCCUCCAAACCAUCCUCUUCCUCUUCUUCCGUCCAUCAUGCUGGCCGUGAGACUUUUUACAAAGUUGUUAGGAGCUGGACAUCAAAAAAGUUCAUGACCGGAUGUGUCAUUCUUUUUCCAAUUGCAAUCACCUUCUACAUAACAUGGUGGUUUAUUCAUUUCGUGGAUGGGUUUUUUUCUCCAAUCUAUGCUCAACUUGGAAUUGAUAUCUUUGGUCUUGGAUUCAUAACUUCCAUAACUUUCAUCUUCUUGGUUGGGGUUUUCAUGUCAUCAUGGUUGGGUGCAUCUGUCCUGGGUCUUGGGGAGUGGUUUAUCAAGCGAAUGCCUCUUGUUCGUCAUAUCUAUAAUGCCUCCAAGCAGAUCAGUGCUGCUAUUUCUCCUGAUCAAAAUACACAAGCAUUCAAAGAAGUUGCCAUCAUUCGGCAUCCACGUGUUGGUGAAUAUGCAUUUGGAUUCAUCACCUCAUCUGUUGUCCUUCAGAAUUAUUCUGGAGAUGAGGAGCUCUGCUGUGUCUAUGUUCCCACAAACCAUCUUUAUAUCGGUGAUAUAUUUCUUGUCAACACCAAGGAUGUCAUUAGGCCAAACCUAUCAGUGCGGGAAGGAAUUGAAAUUGUCGUUUCUGGAGGCAUGUCAAUGCCGCAGAUCCUAUCAACACUUGAUUCACGUGUUCCAGUGGAAAUAGGAAGACCUGAUAGAAGAUGAGAGUGAAAAAAGUAUACUAGUUGUUCUUUUAGUAGUUUGCUUUGUUUCAUAUUUAGUCAUCAGAGUGGCAAUGCAACCAAUUUAUGUUGCAAGGGCUGAAUUUGAAUUUACGUCAUUAAUCUAUGAGAAAGUGUUGGAUUCUGAUGGUUUGUGUAGCAUUCGUACCUGUGUAAUAAUAGAAUGAAGAAUUUAGCGUUUGUUUGAAAAUGUGGUGUGGGUAAUGAUACAGGCUUACAAAGUUUACUGUGGUAGAAGUCCCUACUUUCUGCCCGUGCAUAUUAUUUUGGUGUCCUCAACAUAGCAAUUCAAUUUUGUACCUCAGAUAACUGGUUUUCAACUUUUUAAUUUUUGGAACAAAACUGGCAUUC